AUGUCUACUGAAUCUGCUUUGUCCUACGCUGCUUUGAUCUUGGCUGACGCUGAAGUCGAAAUCACUUCUGACAAGUUGUUGACUUUGACUGAGGCUGCCAACAUCCCAGUUGAAGGUAUCUGGGCUGACAUCUUCACCAAGGCCUUGGAAGGCAAGAACUUGAAGGACAUGUUGGUCAACUUCAGCGCUGGUGCUGCUCCAGCAGGUGUUGCUGCUGCUGGCGCCGCUUCUGGUGAGGCUGCCGGUGAAGCUGAAGAGGAGAAGGAAGAAGAAGCCAAGGAGGAAUCCGAUGACGACAUGGGUUUCGGUUUGUUCGAUUAG